AAUCAAAAUAAAAAAAAAAUAGAAAUGGUCGUGUGCUUUUCACCAAAAAAUUAUUUUGGUGUUCUCCAGUGGAAGGCAAAAAGGUUUACCAUCAAAAGGUUUAACUUAUAUGUUUGAUCUUUAUCAAUUAUCCCAAUCUUCAGCUAUAUUACUAUCACGAUACCAUCAAGAUAUAAUCAAUUGUAAAUCAGAACAAUUAUCCAUAUCAUUAAAUUUCUUCAAUUGCAAUAAUCAUACAUCACAUACUCAUAUACAUAUACAUAUAUAAAUCAUGCCAGGAUUAGGAUUUGAUAAUUAUCAAAGAAAUCAAUUUUUAUCAGCCAAAGGGUUUGGUCAACCAAUGGCCACUUCUACCGGUACCACUAUCGUUGGAUGUAAAUUCAAAGAUGGGGUGGUCAUAGCGGCUGAUACUAGAGCUACAGCUGGAAGUAUUGUUGCUGAUAAAAAUUGUGAAAAAUUACAUCAAUUAGCUCCAAAGAUUUGGUGUGCUGGUGCUGGUACUGCAGCUGAUACUGAAAUGGUAACUCAAUUAAUAGCUUCCAACUUGGAAUUACAUGCUCUUGCUCAAAAUAGACAACCAAGAGUUAUAACUGCUUUAACCAUGUUAAAACAACAUUUAUUUCAAUAUCAAGGUCAUUUAGGUGCAUAUUUAAUUGUAGCUGGUGUUGAUCCAACUGGUGCUCAUUUAUUAUCAGUCCAAGCUCAUGGUUCAACUGAUAUAGGUAAAUAUCAAUCAUUAGGUUCAGGUUCUUUAGCUGCUAUGGCAGUAUUAGAAACUAAUUUUAAAGAAGAUAUGACUAAAGAAGAAGCUAUGAAAUUAUGUGCUAAUGCUAUUGAACUGGGUAUUUGGAAUGAUUUAGGUUCUGGUUCAAAUGUUGAUUUAUGUGUAAUGGAAGUUGGAAAAGAUGCUGAAUUAUAUAGAAAUUAUUUAACUCCAAAUGUUAGAGCUGAAAAGGCAAGAUCUUAUAAAUUUGCUAGAGGUACUACCGCUGUAUUAAGAGAAAGUGUUAAGAAUAUCUUAGAUAUAGAAGAAACAGUGAUUAAUUUCACAUCAACUGCUGAUGCUAUGGAAGUAGAUGCUUAGUUUUAUAGUAUAAAAUCUUAGUUUAAAAUAAACAUUAAUUGUACCAUAGACAUAGAUAUAGCGUGUUAAUUAUUGCGGGUUGGAUGUAAUACACCUAAAAAUUCU